AUGGAUAGAAAACAGGCAGUCACAAAGACUUUCCUUGGGCUCUUCUGCUCGGUUUUGCUACUAUGCGUCGGAUGUGAUGAGUUUCGUCCGGACAUGUUCGAUAAAAAAGAAGCUAAACCUGAGAUUGGUCCGGUUGAUGGCAGUGUUGUCACGGCGAAUACUAAAUUGGGUUUUAGUCUGUUCAACGAGAUUCGGAAAACUGAGCAGGACAAGAAUAUAUUUAUCUCACCAUUCAGUAUUUCCGUUGCCUUGGCGAUGACGCUAAAUGGCGCAGCCGGCGAAACCGAGCAGGCAAUGACCAAUACGUUGCAACUGCAUGGAUUAGACUCUGAAUCGAUUAACACUGGCUAUGCCGGAUUGCGCCAAACACUUUUAACAUCAGAUCCGAAAGUGACGCUUACGAUUGCGAACUCGCUCUGGGCACGCCAAGGAUUCUCGUUCAAACCAGAUUUCCUGCAGCGAAACACCCAAUUUUUCGGCGCGGAGAUUUCAACACUGGAUUUUGACAAUUCGAGUGCUUCAAAAACAAUUAAUCAGUGGGUAGAUACCAAUACAAACGGUAAAAUUCAAAAAAUCGUUGGCGAUCAAAUUGAUCCGAUCACGGUGUUGUUCCUGAUUAACGCUAUCUACUUCAAAGGAACAUGGCAGAAAGAAUUCGAUCCAUCAAAGACCCGAGAGGGCCCCUUCCAUCUCGCAAAUGGCGAUGAAAAGCAGGUACCAAUGAUGAGACAACAGCGUUGGUAUCCAUACUACCGGGAAGAGAAUUUUCAAGCGAUUAGUCUCGCUUAUGGUGAUGGGCAGAUGAGUAUGUAUAUUUUCCUGCCCGACCGUGAAUCCGACCUCAACAUCUUUUUGGAGAACUUGAACGCCGAAAGUUGGGAGAAUUGGAUGUCACAGUUUCACGAACAAGACGUGUCCCUCGUUAUGCCUAAAUUUAAGUUGGAAUAUGGAAAGACGCUUAACGAUCCGCUAAAAGCACUUGGCAUGGGUGUCGCGUUUGAUCCAGAACUGGCAGAUUUCAGUCGGAUGGCAUCUUUAGAGUUCGGCAAUUUGUAUAUUGAAAAAGUUGUCCAUAAAACCUUCGUUGAAGUCAACGAAGAAGGGACUGAAGCCGCCGCGGCGACCAGUGUUGAAGUCGGCGUGAAGAGUGUGCCACCACCACCAAUUUCUUUUAGUGUAGACCGACCCUUUUUCUUUGCAAUUCGUGAUAACGAGACAAAAACGGUAUUGUUUAUGGGCAUUGUGGUAGAGCCUUAA